AAUGGAUUAAUGGAAUGAAUUUCUUCAGGAUACAUUCGCAGGAUCAAUUGGAGGCAUAACAUUUGUUUUAAGUGCACAUCCCUUCGAGUAACAAUUGAUAAUUGAUUGUAGCACAAUUAAAGUAAGAAUGUAAAUGGUCUCUGAAAAUACAUCUAUUCUUAAAACAGCUUAUAAAAUAUUUAAAUAAGAAGGAGUAAUAAUCUAAAUGAUAUUUAAAUUAGCCUUUUGCUUUCUAUAAAGGAGUGGUAUCACCACUAUUAUUUAGUUUUCCUGUUUCAGCAACAUUAUUUGCAUGCUAUGAAUAAUACAUGAGAUAUUUUUAAGUGGAUAGAGAUUCAUAUUAACUAAUGCAUUGUAUGUUUAAUUUCAUUAAGUAGGGGGUGUUGGUGGAGCUUAUGCUGGAUUUAUAUAGAGUUUUGCUACAAGUCCAUCUGAACUAUUUAAAAUCGUUUUCUAAAUGUAAAUUUCAGAAAGAAAGCGCAAUUCUGUUUUGAGAUGCAUAUUUGAGUUUGUAAAUAAGGAAGGAAUAGCUGCAGUCUUUAAAGGAGUUAAUUCCACAAUAUUCAGAGACAUUCCUUAAUACGCAACUUUCUUUAUUGCAUUUGAAUCUACAAAAUAAUAUUUACAAAGUGAGAGAGGAUAUUUAAAUAUAUUUGAUUAAUUUCUAGCUGGUAUAGCUGCUGGUUUAGUUUGCAUUUGUUUUUCUUAUCCCUAAGAUAUGAUAAAAACCAAAAUCUAGUAUGAAAUUCUUGAAUCUAAAUAAAAUCGAAGGUAUAUUGGAAUAGAUGGUGGUAUUUCGAAAUGCAUGAAAGAAAUAUAUAAAGAAACAGGUUUCAAAGGCUUUUGGCAAGGAUUCAAUAGUUGUGCAAUAUAUUAUAUGGUAGCUUGUUCAGCUCAAUUGGUUGGGUACUUAUUUUAAUCCAUUUAUAGAUAUGAGCAAGGUCGAAUCUUUUGGGAUACUUAUGUUAAACAUUGA